AGUGCGCGCCCGGAGCAGGCAAUAUGGAAGCUUGGCAAAACAGAUCACCAUGGCGGUGCGAGACUGAUCCGGGUCCCACUCACCGCCUCGUGAAAGUCGCCAGCAGCUGCCUUGUACGCCUUGAUAACUUGGGGUGUGAUCACUCGGCUCGUAGGUCCAGAGAUCCUGGAGGCUAGCAGGAGCAGGGUGAGUGUUAGUGCGCGUAGCCGGUUGACGAGCUCUGUUCGGGACAAAUUGGAUUCGCACUCCCAGGGACGCAGAAUGCACACUGACUCGUGAGGACUUCCGGAGCAGGCUGGGGGGACUCUGAGGACAUCAGAGGCACCUCUGGAUCCAUGGCGGACGGAUGCAAACUCUGAAGGUUUUCGGUUGACGUCUGGCUCGCAUUAUGACGCGCUUGAUGGAUGCACUCUUGACAAAUAACGCCAAUCACGCUCCAUCGCCACCCGCACGACGGUCCGGCCUACUGCUCUAACUGUGCUAUAUCAUUACAUAUGGAUGCGAUCGCUACGGGAUCAUUGACCAUUGUCAACGCGCGGAUCCCGGAUCCCGGAUCCUCUGUUCCUGGCGCUCUACGCACGAUCGAGUGCAAGUCAGGUCUCAUUUGCUGGAUCGACGAACAAGAUGGUUUCGUCCAAGUUGAUGCUCAGGCUGGCGCGGGUCAAGUUGACGCGAAGGGAGGCCUCGUCAUCCCCUCCCUAUGUCAUUCCCAUAUCCAUCUGGACAAAUGCUACAUCCUCGACCGAUGCAAUCUCGUUUCUGGCGACUUCGCAGAAGCCAUGACUGUCACUAACGAAGCCAAAGCGGGUUUUGACGAGGUCGAUCUGUACACUCGGGGCUUCAACCUCAUCCGUGACAGCGUCGAGUGUGGCGUCACCAGCAUGCGUGCCCAUGUCGAGAUCGACACUGUUGUGAAGUUUACCUGCCUUGACGUGGGACGGAAACUUUGCAAGACCUUUGAUGGAAUCUCUUUUGCCCAGGAGCCUCUGUUUGACGGGAGUUCGGAAGAACCUGGAGAAAACUACUCCCUUCUACAAGAAGCUGCCGCGUUAGGGACGCUCUCAGUCGUCGGGUCUGCCCCUUAUGUGGAACCUAGCUUAGCGCAGGCCAAGUUGAAUAUCAAGCUCAUCCUCGAGCUCGCUCAGAAACACGAGUGCCAUGUCGACUUUCAUCUCGAUUACAACUUGGAUCCAACGUCCGAGCCACUGAUCUACGAGGUGAUUGCGCAAGCGAAGAGACUGUUUUGGCCCACGGGUCGACGGAUAACCAUUGGCCACGCGACACGUCUACAGCUGCUGACUUCCGAUGAGUGGUGCAACCUCAAACAGGCCAUCGGCGAGCUCCCGAUCACCUUUAUCGGUCUUCCUCAGAGCGAUCUGUAUAUGCUGGGGCGAGGCGCGGUGGACGAGCCUCUGGGUCCACCUCGUGGCACAUUGAGGGUCCCGUAUCUCGCCAAUAAACACCAGAUACAGGUGGCCUUGUCGGUCAACAACGUGCAAAACGCAUUCACACCUCAAGGAUCUGUUGAUCCGCUCUCUCUCUGCACGCUCGGUGUUGCUUUGUUCCAGACUGCCACGGCGCCAGAUCUGAUCAAUCUUCUGGUCCGUGCACUCUUUGGCAAGAAAUCAGAACUGAAAAACGAGCAGCGCGCUGUGACAACAAUUUCGAAGAGAGCCAUCGCAGACCCCAAUGCCACAGCGGAUAUUUCCGUAGCAAUCGACGAUCCAGCACAUCUCGUCGUUCUGCACGACUCGCCGACCUUACAAGCCGCUGUGCUCAAUCCCGGCUUUGACCGGACCACGAUCAGAGCUGGCGUCGUGGUCGCACAUCGGGAAUCAGUGAAAUGGGUCAAAACGAGUGUGGAUUGA